GAGAGAACAAAUAUAGAGUAAAUAAAUAUGAAGAGAAUACAAAUUCAAGAGUUUGAGAGGAUACCAGCAACUGGGGAAUCAGAAACUUUUAUUUAUUUGAAUUGCAUCUGGAAGAAAGGAAUUCCAUAAAACGGAGGUGGAAAAGAUGUGCAUUUCGUUCCUGGGGAACAACCAGCACAAAAAUAGAGACGCGUGACAGAGAUGGCCAGUUUAGUUUGAACAUAGAGCACGAGGGGGCUAGUAAUGUCCAAUGAGUCUGGAAAAAUAGGUUGGGGUCAGGUGGCAAAGAGCUAUAAUAAUAGGAAGGGACUUUCCCAGCUUCAAAACUAUGAGAUACCAGGAAUUCGAGAUUUCUAAAAACAUAAUGCCCUAAAAAAGUUUCCCAGAUUAGAAAUUUCAUUUUCAUAUUAACUAAUAAGUUGAGGGAAACCGUACACUAAAGCUAAAGAAAUUCGUUUCACUCUCAUGACUACUUUUCGGCAAUAUCGGCUGAUUUUAUCGUUCUUUUCUGCUUUUCACAGGAACGUCCUACAUUUCCUUCAAGAAAGCACAAUUUCCCUUUAAUUUUAUCCCGAGUAACUCAGGAGAACAGUUUCUUUAAAAGUCAGCGCACUUAAUUUUUGUACACACACCUACAACCGAAAUGAUUUGAUAAGUACUAAGUACAGAAUAGAGUGUGGUUCUACUUAGGGCUUUUUACGUUCUACUCUGGAAAGAAAAAGAACAAAAAAGGAGGGUGGAGGGUCGGGAUUUCGCUGAUUUCUCACUUGGUUCGUUUCUCCUUAAUGAACUUUAUUUCAGGGAAUUUGGAACGACAGAAAACAAUUAAACCGAAAAGCCUGUAGCUUCUGGGAAGCGCUGGGAAGUACUCCCUCUUGUGUUAAUUUACCCAGCAGUUGAGAGUCCGCCCGACAUCCCGGGACUGAAACCAAGUCCCGUCGAAAACAAUGGCCCCUCCACCUUCCCCCGGGAGACACGAUCUCUAGACGCCAGAAACAAGAGGUCGGAGCAACCCAGAGGUGCAGGGCCACUUUCACGACACUGUCACGUAAGAGUGACAUACGUCUCAAAGUUCUCCAAAACAUCACGAGCCGCGGUAGCAGUCGAACUAAAGGCGGCUCGGAUUAGAGAGCAAUUUUGCUUGCAACUAGAAUAAGAGCGCACGAGCAAAGACCAUAGGCGCGGAAGGACCUAAGGUUCCUCGCGACCUUUGGAAAGACAGCCAACAACCAAUCAAUGAGUUUCUGAGGAUUCCUCCGCUGGCGGGCGCCCUCCUGCAGCAGCAGGUGGCGACCCCAGGAACGUUCCUUUUCUCCGCCGACCCGCCCGACUGGGAAGGCAAAAACCCACCCCACCCCCCGCUUCCUUUCCCAGGAUGCUCUGCGGCUGAACUCCAACCUUCUCCCCUCCCUCGCUCUGCGCCCGCCUCCCUCCGUGACCCCAUCCCUCCACGUCUGUCCUCCACCCCCCCCCACCCGUCACUGGGCCGACUGGGCGGCCGCUCCGGGCUUCUCAGUUUGGGCUCCGUGGGGGGGGGGGGCUGGGAGCUAGGUGAAUCCUAAGCCGCCGCAGCCUGAGCUAGCCCCUGUUAAAGGCUGCUGCCGCCGCUAGCCGUCUCCUCCCCGCCCCGCCCCCAAACCGGGAGCGGCAAGGUGAGGGCGGGCGACCCACCCGCGUGUAGCUGGACGCGAAGGCGACUGGUCGGCAGCCUCAUCCUCCGGCGCCAUUUUGUAGCAGCGAGACCCGCAAAUAAAGGGGAGAGCCAGUCUCUGCGGCGGGAGAAGGAGGAGGAGCCGUCGCUGGGGCCGAGGGCACCCAGGAGGCUUGGGGUGGUGGGGUCGCCCGAGCCUGGCCCCCCGCCGCUCCGUCCGUCUGCCCGUACGCAAAGAGUAGGCUACGGGAUCGGUCUAUGUGACAAGCCGGCGGCGGCAGCGGCGGCCUCGGCGUGGAGAGAAAACAAAAUGACGAACGAAGAACCUCUCCCCAAAAAGGUUCGACUAAGUGAAACAGACUUCAAAGUUAUGGCAAGAGAUGAAUUAAUCCUAAGGUGGAAGCAGUAUGAAGCAUAUGUACAAGCUUUGGAGGGCAAGUACACAGACUUAAACUCUAAUGAUGUAACUGGCUUGAGAGAAUCUGAAGAAAAACUAAAGCAGCAACAACAAGAGUCUGCAAGAAGAGAAAAUAUUCUUGUGAUGAGACUGGCAACCAAGGAACAAGAAAUGCAAGAGUGUACUACUCAAAUCCAGUACCUCAAACAAGUUCAGCAGCCUAGUGUUGCCCAACUGAGAUCAACGAUGGUAGACCCAGCAAUCAACUUGUUUUUCCUAAAAAUGAAAGGUGAACUGGAACAGACUAAAGACAAACUGGAACAAGCCCAAAAUGAACUGAGUGCCUGGAAAUUUACGCCUGAUAGCCAAACAGGCAAAAAGUUAAUGGCGAAGUGUCGAAUGCUUAUUCAGGAGAAUCAAGAACUUGGAAGGCAACUGUCCCAGGGACGUAUUGCACAACUUGAAGCAGAAUUGGCUUUACAGAAGAAAUAUAGUGAAGAACUUAAGAGCAGUCAGGAUGAACUCAAUGACUUCAUUAUUCAGCUUGACGAAGAGGUAGAGGGUAUGCAGAGUACCAUUCUAGUUCUUCAGCAGCAACUGAAGGAGACUCGUCAGCAGUUGGCUCAGUACCAGCAGCAGUCCCAGGCCUCAGGCCCAGGUACCAGCAGGACUCCAUCUUCUGAGCCUUUAGACCAGGGAGAUGUCAUGGGGAAAGACUGCAGCCGUCUGGCUAAUGGACCAAGUAACGGCAGCUCCUCCCAUCAGAGGACGUCUGGGUCUGGAUUUUUUAGGGAGGGUAACACAACAGAAGAUGACUUUCCUACAUCUCCAGGGAAUGGUAAUAAGGUCUCCAACAACUCUGAAGAGAGAACUGGCAGAGGAGGUAGUAGUUAUAUAAACCAACUCAGUACGGGGUAUGAAAGUGUAGACUCUCCCACGGGCAGUGAAAACUCUCUCACACACCACUCAAAUGACACAGACUCCAAUCAUGAUCCUCAAGAGGAGAAAGCAGUGACUGGGAAAGGUAACCGAACUGUGGGUUCCCGUCAUGUUCAGAAUGGUUUGGACUCAAGUGUAAAUGUACAGGGCUCAGUUUUGUAAUAUUUUUCCAGCAACAUUUUUAUACAGUGUCAUUUAAUUUGGGAGAGGAUACUGUCCAGAAACAAUUUUAAUUAGUGCAUCCUUUUUGUCACAAUUUGCCUUUUUGUGCAGUGUGGGGUUUUUUUUUGUUUGUUUUUUUUUUUUCCUUGCUUCAAUACCUCUGCCAUUUUGGAAAUUGUAACAGUUAAUUACGUUGAACGUUGCUAAAAGGACGUUUGUGUAGGCUCAAGUUAUUUUUAUAUGAGUUAAUGUGAAGUUGAAAACGGAAAUAAUUUCCACAAAGUAUAACACAAUGAUGUCUGUACAAAUCCAUGUAUAUCUAGAACCCGUGCUGUGUAAGGGCAUUCUUACUCAUACUGUUCUUAUCCUUAUGCAACAUUCAGACUUGUCAUAGUAGUUGUGGGUUUAUGACUGCCAAGUUUGCCCAGUACAGUAGUUUUAUCACUAAAAGUUGGACUGUUGAUGGAGUCCCGUAGUAGUUUCAGUGUUAAUUACAAUUUUUUCCACCAUACAUCUGUGCAUUUUCUCUUUAGGUGACUGAAUGUUUAAGAAAUUUGUGUGCAUAGUUACUCAGUUUUUAUGAACUGUUGUAUCCUGUUAAUGCAGAUUGCUCUGUGACUCCACUAUAUCUUACCUGUACUGACCAAACCUAAAUAAAGAUUUUUAAUAAUGUAA